UUCGAAUGUUACCUGGGUGACGCAUACUCCCGUAAAAGAAUCGGAAUUGAAAUACCAAUUUCAUCUUUUUACGCGUAAUUAGUGAAUAAUCUUUUGCAAUACGUUGUUUAUUUAGCAUUUAAUAGGAUUAUUGGUGGUCCAAGAUGAGUUUUCUGGGGAAGUUAUUCGGUGGUAAGAAGGAAGAAAAGGGCCCGACAACACAUGAAGCUAUUCAGAAAUUACGCGAGACGGAGGAGCUCUUGCUGAAAAAACAAGAGUUUCUAGAGAAGAAAAUCGAUAUAGAAAUACAGACUGCUAGGAAAAAUGGCACAAAGAAUAAGCGAGCGGCGAUCGCAGCUCUUAAACGUAAGAAGCGUUAUGAGAAGCAGUUGACGCAGAUUGAUGGAACUCUCACUCAGAUUGAGGCACAACGCGAGGCGCUAGAGGGCGCCAACACCAACGCCCAAGUACUCAACACCAUGCGAGAUGCUGCUAACGCCAUGAAAUUGGCUCAUAAGGAUAUCGACGUAGACAAGGUGCACGAUAUAAUGGACGACAUCGCGGAACAGCACGACAUCUCGCGCGAGAUCACCGACGCGAUCAGCAACAACGUCGCCUUCCCCAACGACAUCGACGAGGAUGAGCUGGAGAAGGAACUCGAGGAGUUGGAACAGGAGGAUCUGGACAAAGAGAUGCUGGGCAUCAACGUGCCCACGGACAAGUUGCCCGACGUGCCCACCGCGGACCUUGUCCACGACAAGCCCAAGCCCAGCAGGUCCAAGCAGACCGAGGACGACGAGGAACUUGCACAGUUGCAGUCUUGGGCCACAUAAUCUAUACACCUCAAGUUGUAAUUUUGUGAUAUAUUAUAGGUAUUGUAUAGCCAUCCGCUUUGUUACGCACUCUUGUGGGCACAGCACGUCGAUGUAUACUCGUUGUGUAUUGAAAAAGUGUAGGUUGAUAUGCUGUUGAAAGUAAAGUAGGUAUAGGACAAUGUGCUUUAGGGUUAAUGAAGCAUUUUUAAGGGGAAUGCUUGCUAUAAAUAUUGCAGGUUCAUUUUUGUAUGGGAUGGUACAGUUUAAAGAAAAAUACAAGACCAAAAUGUAGGUGUUUUUAGACCAUUUAUCGUGUGAAAAGUGUACGUAGUUCAAAGUGUUGUUGGUUGAAGAAUAAGACUUCAAAGGGAAUAUGCAUGUCAAGUUAUACCUUUUUUGUACAUUGAAAGUAUAGUUACCAUGCUGUUGAUUUGAUGCAAAUUUUAAAGGAAGGAAUUUUUAAUGUGCUAACGCAAGGUAAUUUGCACGACCUGAGACUAACUAAAAAAUCAUGGCAGACGCGGUGACGUCACGCUGGCGUCGUCUGCGUCAGUGCAGGCUGCUCAUGAUGAAGAGUCCCUCUGUGACUCGAAACUAGUAGAGCUUUUCUCCAUUAAUUUAGUAUGUCUCACAAUAGUUAUUAUGAAACUCAAGACGUAACUAUGCCCACAAAAGUUGCCAUACAAAAAAAAUAUUGUAUAAAAUUAUGUAUUUAUAUAGCAUGUCAACUAGUUCUCGCUUUAUUAUUAUUAUUACAUUACAAUAGAAAAAUAAAUUAAAUAAUUAAAAAAAAAUAAUGUACACUCUGCCUUAUAUACAAUGUUUUUCAUAUUUAGUCAAAAUAUUGAUGGUAGAAGCGGUAUGGGGCAGUUGUAUUCUUUUUUUUUUAGUUUUUGUUAUUAUAUUAUUUUUUAAAUUUAAUUAUUGAUAUUUAAACACGUUUCUCGUUAAUUUCUAAGGAAAAAUAAUUUGUUUUGUAGUUUGUUUGUUGUGUUUAUUUGUUUGCACGCAUUUUGGUUUGCGUUGAACUGUAUUUUUAUGUCUUUGAUGGUCAAAAUUAAUAAUAUGAUACUGCUAAUUUAAUUCUAAAACGUUUCAAGCGAUCUAAUAACUUCAUAAAAAUACAGUUUAAACAAGCGUGUAGACAAAUAAAUAUCUAUAAACACAAUACUAAAUAUAUUCUCAACAACUCAUUUGCAUUUCUCAUUGUAUAACAAAAUGAUUUGCACAAUUACCUGGCAAUGUGUCUACAUGUAUUACAAUUGAAAAUCACCAUUAUUUCUUAAGCGUUAAGAGCUAUUUUCUGGUGCAUAUUAAGCCACCUAUCAACCGAAUUUUAACUAUUUAUUAUUUGUAUAACAGAUUUCUUUUUUUUAAAACGGAAUUGUUUAUUUUGUUUCUGUAAUUACUUCUAUCUGAUUAAAGUAUGAUCAAAAUGGAUGUUUGGAAAUAAAAAAAUAACACCUUUUUGAUUUUUCCCUUAAAAUUAUAGCAGGCUAUUAUUUAACUAUCACAAAAUAUUAUUUCGAAAAUCUCUAAUUACGGUUUCAUUAUGUGUAUUAACAGACUUUGAAAUCUAAACAAAGAAAAUUAACAAACUUGACGCAUUAUAACGUCUAAAGGUAUACGUCCACAGGCCCGCAUCGUACGCAUCGCACGCAACGGAUUUCAGUUUGUCUUGUAUAGAAACUCAUACAACUGCAUCCACUGAUCCGCAUCGUACGGACCGCAUCAUCGGCAAUGCCUACAUGCGAUGCGUACUGAUGACGUCAUACGGAAUACGUGCGAUGUGUACGAUGCGGGCCUGUGGACGCUUACCUUAAUAUGACGUCACAACUUCAUAUUGUCCUAAGCGUCACGUUCUCUUAUGACGUCACGAUUUCCUAUGCAUGGCGUGAUCACGCCAAAAGACACCUUACGGGUUUGAAAUUAAAGUUCAUAAUUAUUUUCUAAAGGCAAGCACGGAGUAAGUACUGAGUUUUUUUAGAUGAAAAAAGGUUUUGUUAUGCAUUAUUGAAUAAUAUUGUUAAUUGUAAUGAACUAGGUUUAGAGCUAACUAUCUGAAGCGUACAUUUUUUUAAGCUGUAACAUUGGUUCGAUAAUAUAUUUUAUUUUAAGAAUA